AGAAACGUGUUUUUGUAUUUAUUUUGUAAAUUAAUAUUCCUUCGAUUACUUUUGCUAAAUUGCUAAAAUCUUAUAACCUAUGAACGAGAAAUAAAACAUACAUUAUGGCUUCAUUUUUCCGCAAACGUAUUGCUCAGAAGCUAUAACAUACUUCUGGAAACUUAGGCUAAGCUGGAGAUUACGGUCCAGUCGCCAAGUGAAGCGAAAUUGCCCUAAAUCUGGUUAUUCCUUUUCUCCUGAACAAUGAAAGCAAUAAGCGUAGUGCUAUCAGUGUAGUUUCAUCUGCUGUCAAGAUGAGUCAUUCAAGAGGGAGGCACCCACAAUUGUUACUUUCUUGGAAGAAAAUAACCAGUUUAAGUUCUGAAAGAGAUUUCAAGGAAUUAAAUCCAUCCUUACUUGUCAAAUUAUUAAGAAAUCAGGGUCUUCCUACAGCUGAAGGCUUUAUCGACAUAACAUUGUGUGAAGCUUCCUUGAAUUUGUUGUUCACUGUAGAUGAACAUGUAUUUUCAAAGAUUGUUUUGAUGGACAUAUGUACAAAUGAUGACUUGGCUAAGACUAGUUGUUUGUUUGAAAAUAUUUCUCCAAAACGAAUACUUGUAGACUGCUGCUGUCCAUUAAUCGGAGAACCUCUCCAUAUGGCACAUUUCCGUUCUGCCAUUUACAGCAAUUUUAUUUCAAAUAUCAACAAAUUUGCUGGCCAUGAAGUCGUGAAGGUCACUCAUUUUGGAGACUGGGGAUUGGCAUCUGCUGCUUUGCUUACUGGAUAUAAGUGCUUUGAUGUAGAUCAGUCAGUAGAAGAUUCUAAUGCUCAUCUUUUAGAGAUGAUGAAGUCAUCCGUUUGGCAAUAUAAAAAUGAUGCAAAUUUCAAGGAAAAUGCUAGAACCUGUUAUAAUAAAUUAGAGAAUGGUGAUCAGGAUUUACUUUCUGAAUGGAACUAUUUAAAGAACUUGUACAUGAACUAUUAUGAUUCAGUAUACAAAAGAAUAGGUCUAACUUUCGAUGAUACUCAUUUUGACUCUCACUUUUCUCAAGAAAUAAAGGAAAUGCAUGAUAAUUUAUUGAAAAAGGAUUUGGUGUUUCUUGAAGAAGAUGGUGGCAUCAAAAUUCAGAGUUUGGAAACUGCAUCAACAUAUUCUUUGCCGUCUAAUAUAGAUUCACCACUUUAUCAUUUGAGCAGGACAAUUUUUGCUGCUAUUCAUCGAAAGGAAAAGUAUGAUUUCGAUGUCUUUUACUAUGUUACUUCGGCCUCCCAAAAAAAUUUCUUUUCAGUGGUAUUUUCUUUGCUUCAGAAGCUAGGUUUUGAGUGGGUGGAGAAUUUGCAACAUAUUAAAUUAAAUAACAGACAAUUUGAAUCUAAACGACAGAAAAAGUUAGAAGUUGAAGAUACAUUAAAUAAGGCCAAAUCAUUCAUGUUGAAGAUACUUGAAGAAGAAUUGUAUUUAGAAGUAAAUGAAAAUCUGGAAAAAAUGGCUGAGCUUUUAGGAGUAUCUUCAUUAUGCAUUAAUGACAUGAAACAUAGAAAGAAUACUGAUUUUGAUUUUGACUGGCAAGAUGUGUUAACUUUUGGCCGACAGAGUGGUGCAUCUUUCCAGUUUUGUCAUGCUGGACUAAAAGGAUUACGAGAAGAUUCAAAAUACGGAUUCUCACCACAUAUGGAUACAUCUCCUCUAAUGGAACCAGAAGGCCGUCACUUAGUUCAACAUUUAUCUAGGUUCGAUGAAAUGUUUUACAAGUCAUAUAUACAUUUAGAACCUUGCUUUAUUUUCCAGUAUCUCUCAACUCUUUGGCAUCUAACUGACAAAGCCACUAAUGUAUUGAAACUUGAUGUAAAAGAAGACAGAAUCAUUGUGAUAAAAGCUCGUUUGCUUCUUCUAUCAGCAACACGGAAAAUUCUGCAGCAGGGAUUACAUCUUUUAGGUAUUGCACCAUUAGAAAACAUCAAAUCAUCUAGUAAAUUUCCAAGAAAUGUGAAAUGAUGAAUGUGUAAAAAUAUAAUAAGUCUGCAGGAAUUGAGCAUGUUAUGUAUUUAUAUUUAAUAAAUUUUAAUAUUAA